AUGACGCACGCUGUGCAAUGGCUGACUCUGUCGCUGACUCUGGCCUGUGCUGCCACAUCUGUCAGCACAUCCUGUGAAGCUGAAAGGGGUGAUGACACGUGCGCCCUCAGCCUUUCAAUGAAGAGGCAUGGUGACGCGAAACGGUUUGCCCCUCCAGUCAGCGAGAGCAUUGCCACGUGCAAUGGCCAGGACCACCGCGGUCAAGAAUGUGUCUUUCCAUUCGUACUCCAUGGCGUGAAAUACAGCACCUGUACAUCAUAUGGCCAUCCAGGCAAGCAGUGGUGUGCCACCGAAGUGGACCAUGAGGGCAGUGUGACGAUGGGCAUGUAUUGCUCGGAGGAAUGUCCGCAGGACCGUCGCACUGCCCUUGAAGCCUGCAAAGCUGUGUCGAUGGGGCCACAGCGCUGUGGGGCGAAGGAUCCCUGGAGCGACGUGGAGGCCUGCCUGGUGAAUGCGUGCCCCGCAAGAUGCAAGAACCAGAGCACGUUUCCGUACCCUGGAUCCGAGUACUCCUACUCCGCAGUCACAGGAUUUCCCGCCAUUCACGAUGCAAUCUUGGAGAAGCAGCUGCAGGCCGUGAAGACCCUGAAGCACUUUGCCCCGGGCUUUUCGCCAGAAGCAGAGGCAGCGGACUUUCUUCACAGCACGCUCUCCUACAUCUGCUGCAAAGAUGAGAAGGAGGUCAUCGCAUACCAGAAGGCGUUGAGUGAGUUUAAGUUCAGCUGGAAAGAUGUCGGAGCCAUCGACUGGACGGAGGUGGGCUGCAGCUUGGACAGCAUCGCCAAUCCAAGCAUCGUGUAUUUGGAAGCCUUCACAUCGGAGAAGACGAACGAGAAGCUGAUGCGUUUCGCACACAAGCUCGAAGCCCACAUGGCCGGGUUGGGCUUCGUGGACUCGAACCCACGAGCCAUUCCCUUCCACUUCGUGAUCAGCAUGCUUCCCAUGCGGCUCCCGGAUGGACCUGCGCUCAACGUCGGAGACGCCAUGAAGGCGAUCUCCACCUACGACUUCGGCACGACCUACCUCUGCGAGUUCUACUUCCUGGGCUUGCCAUGCCUAGGCUUGCCCGUACCCGGAUGCUCCGACACCCAGGCCGAGAACGGCCUGAACUUCGGGAUGAACAUGGUCUAUGCGAGCGACUGGGAGGACUGCCCUUACGGCAAGGAUGCCCUCGGAGAGACACGCUACAUGACCUUCAACGGCCUCCGGGUGAUGUUCAAAGUGGUGCAUAAGCGGUAA